AUGAGCGCAAAUCCUAGCAACGUUAUCCGCAGGAAGCUUGUCAUUAUUGGCGACGGUGCCUGUGGCAAAACCAGUUUGUUGAGCGUAUUUACGCUAGGUUACUUUCCAACACAUUAUAUCCCCACAGUCUUUGAGAACUAUGUGACGGAUUGCAGAGUGGACGGCAAAUCUGUCCAGCUCGCUCUAUGGGAUACUGCCGGCCAGGAGGAUUACGAACGAUUACGACCACUUGCUUAUUCAAAAGCCCACGUCAUCCUGAUAGGUUUCUCCGUCGAUACUCCAGAUUCCCUUGACAAUGUUAAGCACAAGUGGAUUGAGGAAGCCAACCGACUGUGCCCUGGUGUUCCCACCAUCCUCGUCGGUCUUAAGAAGGAUCUUCGCGAGGAUCCUGUCGCGAUCGAAGAAAUGCGCAAGAAGUCCAUGCGAUUCGUUUCCGAACAUGAUGGCGAGUCAAUUGCACGAGAAAUUGGCGCAAAGCGAUACCUAGAAUGCUCCAGUUUGAGCGGCGAGGGUGUCGACGACGUGUUUGAGGCUGCCACUCGUGCUGCUCUGCUGACCUUUGAGAAGGGCGAGGGCGGCGGUUGCUGUGUCGUGCUGUAA